UGUUACAGGCAGCAAAGAUAUGGCGGUGACAUUUACUGGGAUCAAAAACAAAUAUGAAAGCAGCAAUAAAUCACCACUGAAUAUCAAGUUUGACUCAAACGCCCUCAAAAAUGUCAAAAAGGACCAUCAAAAUAACAGGAAAGAGACAGCAGAAAAUAUAAACAUAGAGAAGAGACUGAAUGAAGAGUUGAUCAUGAUUGGAAAGGAGAAAGCUAAACUAGUAGAAGAAGCGUACACUGGCAUCAUAAAACUGUUUGAGAUUGCUUUAAAGCCAGACUCUGCUUUCAUUGUUCACUCUAUUGACUUCUUGAUCCCUCAAGCUGAGGAAACUGGAAGAGGAUUUGUUGCUCAAAAACUGAGAGAGCUGACAGUCCUUUGUUUUCCGGAAUCUUCAGUUCCACAUGCUAUUAUUGCUACUAGAUUUCAAGAGGGAUCAUUGACUGUGAAUGAUUUAAUCCUGAGGAGUACCUUAAUCUGUGAAGGUCCACCUGCAAGAUAUCGUCUCGUCACGGAUAGAAAGAAUCUUGAACAAGAUGGAUCAGUAAGAAAAUGGACAUUUGGACAGCGAGACAAUCAAACCAAAAUCAUAUUGAUGGUAGGAGAAACUGGAACAGGCAAAACUACUCUGAUCAAUGCCAUGGUGAAUUAUAUACUCGGGGUGAAGUUUACAGAUGAAGUGUGGUUUGAGAUUACAGAAGAGGGAGGAGAUAAUCCCAUCUCAGAUCAGUCAAAAAGUCAAACUACUAAAAUCACUGUGUAUGAGCUCUUUGUCCAAGACAACCAGUUCUCUCUUACCAUCAUUGACACUCCAGGAUAUGGAGACACCAGGGGAAGUGAAUAUGACAGGCAGAUUGCUGAUAAUCUGUACAAACUGUUUCACAGUGACAGUGGAGUGAAAGAAAUCGAUGCAGUGUGUCUGGUAGUAAAAGCAUCUCAGAAUCGACUUACUGACCGACAGCAAUACAUAUUUGAUGCACUUUUGUCCUUAUUUGGUAAAGACAUAGAAAACAACAUUGUCAUUAUGGUCACUCAUUCAGAUGGAAUACCUCCAGAAGAUGCUCUCAAUGCUAUCAAGAAAGCAGGGAUACCCUCCAGGAGAGAUGAAGAAAACCAACCAGACCAUUUCUUAUUUAACAAUCGUCAAACUGUGAAAAGGAGCCCAAAUUAUAACAGCACUCUCCAGACAGCCUGGGAACAAACAGGGUGCAAUUUAAAACAUUUCUUUGGCUCACUAAAAGAACACAACAGAAAAAGCUUAAAUCAGACUGAAAAUGUCCUGACUGAGUCCAGACGUCUUGAGGCCUGUAUUGUUAAUUUAAAAAAACGUAUUCAUUUUGUAGAGUGCAAAACUAAAGAAUUGGAUCAGAUUCAGAAAGUCCUUCAGGAAAACCAAGAAAAGAUUAAGAAAAAUAUAAACUUCACUUUUUUAGUCAGCAAAUAUUACAAAGAAAAAGUUCCCAUUAGAAAAGUUUCAUUUCAGGACAGAAAGGCGACUAUUUGCACUGUCUGUGAGGAAAACUGCCAUGAGUUAAACUGCUGGUGUUCCCCCAAUGCUCUGUGGUGUGAAGUCAUUAAACAUGAGUACUGCACUGUAUGCACAGGUAAAUGUCAUUUCACUAAACAUGUAAGAGGGAGGAACAAAUAUGUUACAGGCAGUAGAAAUGUCACCAUGACGUUUGAUGAGCUCAAAAAUCAAUAUGAAAGCAGCAAUAAAUCAGCUUCAAAUGUCAUGUUUGACACAAAAGUCUUUGAAAAUGUCAAAAAGGACCUUCAACACAACAGGAAAGUGGCAGCGGAAAAGAUCAACAUAGAGAAGAGACUGAAAGAAGACCUUAUCAGUACUAAAAAGGAAAAAGCUGAACUAGUAGAAGAAGCGUACACUGCAAUUAUAAAACUGUGUGAGAUUGCUUUAAAGCCAGACUCUGCUUUCAUUAUUCAGGCUCUUGACUUCUUGAUCCCUCAAGCUGAGAAAACUGGAAGGGUCUUUGUUGCUCAGAAACUAAAAGAGCUGAGAAACAUACACCCUGAAUCACAGGGAAGAGUUAAUGCUGUAAUGGGAUAUUCAACUGCAGGUUUCAGUAAACUACAAAAAUGA